CCGCCUCCCUCCCACGGCCCCGGCCGCUGUGCUCUCCCGGACACGCCAGCUCCCGGCGCAACAAUACAAGGACGACGCCGCCUCCUCCUCCUGCUCCUGCCCUCCCAAGGGAUAGGUGCAGGGGACCGAUCCUGAAGGGGGAGCUCGGGGCUACCAGACGGACCGGACCAAGUCAUCCCAGUGCCUGCGUCACCAGGACAGUGCGGUGUCCUGAUCCCGGACGCUACGUUUUGCUAGCAUGCCAGCGUGUCACCCCAGCGUUUGUUUUUACCUCCUAUGAGUCAGAGCUGGCCUCGGUUCAGAGCUAAGCCCCUGCCAUCCAGCUCAGCCCCCACACGUCCAGCUCUUUAACCCCUGUGGCAUCGCCCAGGUCCCAGCGUAGUCGAUCCCUUCCCCUCGCCCCCCCCCCCUAAACGUCCUCAAACCCAAUUCACCCCCCUCCGUUUCGGUAAACAGAAGCUGUCCCUGUGUUGAAGUUUGCCGCUGCUGUUUAUGUGGGAUUAAUAUCACUUUUGAAAUCACACGUAGCAAACGACCUUUGCUGAUUUCCCGAACCACCGCCGCCGCCGCCACCACCACCGCCGCCGCAACCACCACCGCCGCCGCAACCACCGCUCUUUGAACACCGCCGACUCCGGCCCCGUCACCAGACGGGGGUUUUGCGGCUCGCCAUGGCGGUCAACAUGAGCAUGAGCAUGGGCCGGGACACCAAGUGGCUGACCCUGGAGGUGUGCCGGGAGUUCCAGCGGGGCACCUGCUCGCGCUCGGACGCCGAGUGCAAGUUCGCCCACCCGGCGCGCAGCUGUCACGUGGAGAACGGCAGAGUCAUCGCCUGCUUCGACUCGCUCAAGGGGCGUUGCACCCGCGAAAACUGCAAGUACCUGCACCCCCCGCCCCACCUGAAGACCCAGCUGGAGAUCAACGGCAGGAACAACCUGAUCCAGCAGAAGACGGCGGCGGCCAUGUUGGCUCAACAGAUGCAGUUCAUGCUGCCGGGAGCCCAGUUGCAGCCCAUAACCACGUUCCCCGUCACGCCCUCCAUGGCCACCAGUCCCAGCAUGGCGUUCAGUCCGUACCUGAGCCACAUGGCUCCAGGGAUGGGCCUGAUGCCCGAGCUGAUGCCCAGCGCUCCUCUGCUGGUCCCCGGGAGCCCCACCAGCCUGGCCGCCAUGGGCAACGGCACCUCCACGCAUAAAUCCAUCCGCACGGACAAGCUGGAGGUGUGCCGGGAGUUCCAGCGGGGCAACUGCACCCGCGGGGAGAACGACUGCCGCUACGCCCACCCGCUGGAGGCGGGCAUGGUGGACUGCAGCGAGAACUCGGUCAUCGUGUGCAUGGACUACAUCAAGGGCCGCUGCAGCCGGGACAAGUGCAAGUACUUCCACCCGCCGGCGCACCUGCAGGCCCGCAUCAAGGCCGCGCAGCACCAGGCCGGCCAGAACGCCGCCUCCUCCGCGUCCAUGCAGGUUCCCCAGGGGGCCAUGCACCAACUACCAAAGAGGUCCCCCAUGGAGAAGAGUAACGGAGCCCCCGCCACUGUCUUCAGCCCCAGCAUGUUCCACUACCAGCAGGCCCUGGCCAACAUGCAGCUGCAGCAGACCUUCAUCCCCACCGGCUCCAUCUUGUACAUGGCCCCCUCAGGAGCCAUAGGACUUAUGAAAGCCGCGGCCCCGCCGGCGGCAGAGGGCCGCUGGGAGAGACGGGACUGGAGCGGCUGCCGGCAGGGGCCUGGCCGCCUGCUGUCUAUACCUGGAUUCACUGUAGACCCAUCGGAGGUCAUGAACGGCGACGCAGUGGAGCUCCAUUGCAUCCCGAUGGAGACCCACUUCUGUCCCGUCCCCAAGCUGCUGAUGGCCACUCCGGUGGGCCUCAACUCAGUGAGCCUGGCCCGCCACCCCAGUUAAGAAACCCCGCCCCCUCACCCUAUCCACUCUACUACACCCAUCCACCCACCCAUCCCUUAAAGAGUAACUCGACUCUCAGAAUGCAACAAAAAUGUGCCUAAUCCAAAUGUGCACACUUACCGAGUGGCAGUGUGAACCUGAAGGUGGAGAUGUUUUAGUGUGUAAAGAAAAGGCCCAGAAUACCGGAGCUGGGCCGAGUGCCGCACUCUUUGGAGGGGGAGCCUCUUGAGCAUUGGGGGGAGAACAGUCGCCAUGACAUGUAUUGACUUUAGGCGGUGGCCUGACACUCCCAGGCUCCCACAGCCAUACAUGCCCAGUGCCACACCUUCAAGAAAUACACGCACUAAAACACGCAAACACACACACAUAAACACACACAUAAACAAGUUUUCGACAGCGAAAAAAAACCCUCAUGGGUUCCAAGCCAUCGUCUUGUACUGAAGAGCAAACGACAUGACUGGGUGACUGCACCAAAGUAUAAGAAAAUAUCAAUAAUACGGCAGGAAAUGCUAAUUAAGGAAUUCCACUCGAUUAACUAACCGGAAUGCCAAUGGUCACCAUUAUGUUUGCCACUGAUGGCAUUAUGUUGGAAAGGGGGGGGGGGGGGGUUUGUAUUGUAUGAAAUCGAAUUUAUGUUUCAUGAUUUGUGUUUCAAUAUUUUAUGUCUCAAUUUUAUUAGUACAAUGCUGUCAAAAAAAGUUUUGUGUUUUUUCAGGGUCAAUCAUCUCAUUCUACCUGAGAAACAGAACAUCCGGUUAUUGUUAAUUUGUCUGUGCCUUUAAAUGAUCUAUUGUGGCACAAAAUGUGACCUUAUGUGACUGUCACUAAAGAAAACAAUAAUUUGGCUGUGAAAAAAUAUUUCUUUUUUAUUUUAUUGAAAUUUUGUAGACAGGGUUCCGUUCUGUUUUAUUUUCUCGAGGGUAAACAAAAACUAUCCAAUUUAUACCCUAAAAAUAUUACAACUAGUGGUGAACGGGGUUCAUUUGGAGCAAAUGGUAGUGCUCUUUCUUCAGCAACACAAUGUCUUUAUGGAGCAAUGUGUAAGAUGAUAAAGGCUAGUACUAGUGUUUAGCUUAAACUCCAUACCAGUUUAAGUUUACAAUUAGGUCAAACUACAAUAUAUUUAUCAUUUUAGUAGCUAAUAUUGCCAAUUAGAUGUAUUUCAUUUAUUUAUGAUAACCAAGCAAUGCCCAAAGUGCAUCAUAAUUUAUUGCUUUCAAAUUUGUUGAAUAUUUCACCAUCAAUUAUUUAAUGCUAGCCCUUGAUGAAGAUAAAAAAAUAUUCCUAUUCCAGCCAUCUUGGCCCGGGCAUUUUCGGUUCUUUUAAAUAUGAAUAACAGCAUGACUCUUACACAUUUCCCCUUAUGUGUAAGAGCGUUAUUCCAUGUACUCUGACCUUUUCAUACAGGAUCAAAGUAGAUCAUUAUAAAUAUAAAAGCUACCAUUAUAAAUCAGAAUUGGUCUUCAGUGCAGUAUAUCUGACCAGUGAAUGUUCUUUGGCUGUAAAAGCUUUGAAAUUACUCAAGCGCCACCUACUGUCUUUGGCUUUGAGGUCAGUUUAUCAGUCUUUCUAAGAUUAUCCCAAUUCCAAAUUUGAUUAUGGAUCUCUGUGCAAUGUUUGAUGAAUGACAAUCUCUAAGCAUAGUCGGGGCACUUGUUAAGUAAAAAAUAACGCCUAUUACAUCGUAGGUGCUUUAGAAAGAGUUAAAAUAAGUCCUGGUCCCAUGUCGGCUUGGAUCUUAUUUGAACCAAAAUGAUCGCCUGGGGAACAAAGCUGAAACUGAACAAUUUCUUAAUUGGGAACUUUGAGCUUUGACAGCCGAUGAUAGAAUGGUUGCACAGCAUGAAAGCAGCAAGUGCUUUCCUGUUUUUGUGCAAAUUCACCAAAGUCUGUAUUGGAAGAGUAGUGGCCUACGAAUGGAACAUCCCUAGUCAAUGCGAUAACUUUUUGUGUUUCAGAAAAUUGAAACACAAACGCUGUACCUGGUAGAAAUCUAUAAAAAAAUACAAAACGGCAACGAGGGAAUUGCUUUUAAAUAUAAUUCUAUUUUUGGGGGUAAAUUUCACCCCAUUGUUUGGCUGUUGGAGUGACUCAGUGGCACUAAGAUUGUUAUUUAAAUUGGCUCUUCAGGGAGAAAAAAGAGAACUUGAAUCUGUGUUGUCUGACUUAAAAAGCGUAUUCUCUUUUCCUCUGAUUCUGUUCAUUCUUUAAUAGUCUACAGACUCUAAAUGCUAAUACUACUCUAGUCAGGGGAGGACUUAAUUCCCACAAGGAGAAGCCAGAAAACAAAAUAUGUGGGCCGGAGAUAUGAAAGGUGCCCCAGAUUUGAUCCCACAGUGGGUAUCGAAUAAUAAAAAAUUAAAUAAAAAACAGAAUACACUGGCCGUCGAAUUCUAAUACAAUUAAGUGAAGGGAAUAUGUGCCUCUUUCCAGUCUCCUUAAGUGUUGAUUGUUCAUACACUGUUAAACAGAUCGAUAGGGAGAGAUGGAUCUGUAGUUCAUCGUUCAUCAUAACAGUAAGCUAUAUCUGUCUAGUUUCUUUGGGGCAGCUGUGCUGUCUUGACAUGAAUAAGGUAAACGUAACCAAUACUCUUAAUUAGUUGUGUGCAUAUGUAUCUAUGUUAAAAGAGACGAUGAAUCCCAUAUUCCAUUAGCUGAAAAGGGUGACUCAUUUUGUGCCAUUUCCCACUGAAGAUGUGUCAUGUUUAAGUCAUGUUAUUGUGUCGUGAAUGUAUUUAAUGCAAAAAAAUUAACCAUGCCCAUUUAAAAGAAUGGCAUGUGGAAAUAUAAUGAUUCACUACAUAUAGACUUUUUCAAAGGUAACAUAAAUAUCAUGUUGAUACUGUGUUAGGACAUUAAAGUAUGUGUAUUAUUAUAUAGAUUUAUAUUUAAUGUUCAUGGGUGGUGUGACUACUUAAAAAAAUAAUUAUAUCCUUGAGCAAAUUCUGUCCCGACCUUUGUUUCAUGAAUUUGAUUUUAAAGGCAAAUGUUUCUCUCUGACUUAUUGAAGUGAUGAAAAGAAUGUCCAGGCAAGUUGUUUUGUCUAAACCUUAGAGCUUUGGAAGACAUGCGUUGUCCAGUCAAGAAAAAAAAGAAAAAAAAUCUCUCUUCUGUCAUGUCAUUAUGCCUUCACCAACUGCUAUCCAGCUGGAAUAACAAAAUACUUGACAAAUGAAUGGUGCCACUCUUGAGGUAUUUAAUUUUAACUGAACGUUUACCAUUGUUUGUCAUGUUUAAAAGUGUCUAUUCCUUGUACACUUGAACGUGUUUUUGUGUGAGUACAUAGAUGAUCUUUUUCUUUAUAGUCUCUCACUCUUUUCCUUGACCCUCGGUUAUCUACAGACCUGAUGUUUAGUAUCCACUGUAAUUAUUCUUGCCAUCUUCAUGAAUUCAUACCCUUUGACUGUGGAGAAUAUGCAACUCCUUUUUGUCAUUGCAUACCGUGAGAUCAGAUCUCAAAGCAUGAGGACAGGUCGUAUUAUUCGGUCCUACUGGAGGUUCUGAUGGCCAGGACAGAGCCAUGGGGCCUGGUUUCUUCGUCACUGUAUAAAGUCGUGAUUGCAAUGUAAUGAAAGUAAUUUAGUGGUAAGUUUAAACUUUUUUUUUAAUUAUUUGACUAAAUAAAUCAAUGCAUGAAAAUAAAAAAUAUUCAUUUAAGUAAAAUACUUUGUGUAGACUUAUAACGAGUAUGUAUACCUAAAUUGAUAGAUCCAUUGUUGAUUAGAAAAGUUACUGUUGCUAUGGCAACAAAAUUACAAUGUGGCUACCUUUGUAUUAACCUAAUUAUUUUUCACGUAAAUUGAAAUAACAAUUUAGAGAAUAAACCUACUUAUUCACAAAAGGGAAUGUUUAGUUAGUUUAGAGUAUGUUUUACGGAAACAAAUAAGUCAUUGUAAUAUUCAAAAUUCCUUUGGGGAGACUGGUCACGUGUAACUUUAUUAUGGUUUGUGAGUGUGUCUUAAAUCUGCUUUGUUUUGAUUGUUUUUCUUUCCUUUUUGUUGGUGUCAAACGUAAAAAAAAUAGAUUUUUGCUGACGUAAACAUGUAUCUUUUGGGAGGUGAAGAGGUUUUUGGCUUGAAAAAUGAAACGAUGGACACCACAACCUGCCCUCUCCCAUUCAUUAUUUGGACCUUCCGUCCUCGGACUAGAUGAUUUUUCUCGACUAGAAGUGUUGUUCAUCUGAAGUCUCUUUCCUCUCCGGCUAGCCCAGCUGUGCUGGUUGAUGUCGAUCCUCGCUGGGGUGUACGAAUGUGUGAUAUUCACCUUGUUUGCACUUAUGUACAUAACUAUGUCAAAAAUAUUCAAAAAUUUAUUUUGAAUAAAUAUAGAGAAAACUGAUAAAAACGAAAUCGCUGUAUUGUUAAGCAAUACAACCAGUAUGCUGUUAUAAGUUCUAGGAAUUAUGAGAAAGACGGUUUUGAAUGAUUUGUCCUGUUCUAUUUGCUAAAGCCCUACUGCUUGCUAAGCAUGAUAUUGUUAUGCUGUAAAAAAAAUCUUAGCAAUUUAGACAACCAUUUUAUAGGUGCAGCAAGUAUCUGAUCUUAAAAUUAACUUUGAAAGAUUAAUUUAACGAUACCUUUUUUGUCAUUUUUAAAAGAUUCCAAAUGAUUGCGUAAUGCAGCAGUGAUAAAUCUUUCGCAAAUUACUGAAUUAAAUUUCAAAUAAUUAAUCUCCUAUUACCAAAACAUUUCUUUAACAGUCUUUAAACCGAAUAUCUGGAUGAGUGAUAAUUUUACAUUUAUUUCUUUGUAAGAAAAUGAUGUCAUUUGUUUUUCUGCUCAAUCACUAUGAUUGCUCAAUAAUCAGUGAAUCUGACUCACCUAUUGAAUUUCUAUCAAAGAUUGGACAGUGAAAAACAUGUUCCAAGAGAGCUUUUAAUACAAAAUACCCUUUAAACUAUAUACAUCAAACCUGGUCAUUUAUCGCUUUAUAUAUUGCUUGUGAAGCCAAUGAUUUUGUUGCCAUGGCAUCUGUCCUAGUGUUGGAUUAACUCGAGAGUCAUUCCGUUGUGGUGUUUCGAAGCCUUCAGGAUGGGGGGAGAAAAAAAGAUUGUUUUUUGUUUUUUCUAAAAUUGUGUUAAUGCCUAAUGCUAUACUUCUGUACUGUGUGUAUAUCAAACCCAGGAAAUCAGCUUUGUGUCUAUUUUGCUCUGUAUCCUGCAGACUUCUACUGCUAUAGUAUAGUGGAAUGUACAUGUGGGCUACCAUGUAUGAAUUGGGCUCCACUGGCAGUAGAUUUUUGUUUAACAUCACUGCAUUGUGCUUUUAUUCCACUUUUGUUGCUAUCACUUGACCACAGUUAAGUUUAUCUGUGCCUUCAUCAUUAAGCGUAUAUAUUUGUGUUUUUCCUUUGUGUAACUCUAACAUUAUAAUCAAUUUCCAUUUCACAAUUCAUUUCCAGAACUGCAUGUACAGUGAGUAGCUGUCUUGAAUACUUUGGAUAGAGUUGGUGAACCAUGGAAGCGAGUAACAAAAUAGCAACUAGAGAAAAAGCAUAAGGGCCUGUUGAGGACUAAGCCAUACGAAACACUUCUCUCUCUCUUCUCUCUUCUUUCUUCUCUGUUCUCUCUUCCCUCUCUCUGCCUGCCUCUCUUGCACACUGAAACAUCACAGCCCAGUUUCGUCGCUCUACCAUAUUGUUGCUUAUCGUUAUAUUUUAGCUAAUUGGGUUUCUAUGUGCUACUGCUACAUGGCAAUUUAUUUUGUGGUGUAUGAUUAUCAAAAUGCAGGUUAAUUUGCCUAUAUGAUGAUGAUGACCUUUUUCUAUUUUUGUUUUGUUUUACCCUUUAAUAAAGCCCUUAUUGGUG